UUUAGGAAAAAACAAAAAUUGCUUGUCUGGUAGGAGUGAAUCUGUAUCCAGCAAACCUCAAAAGCGCACCAACAUCGUUCCCAUCGCCUCUUCAUAUCGGCGACUCCCAAUUCUCUCCCAUUUAUCUUUCCUCUUUUUCUUGUGAUCUUUACCGACGAGUAAAUAUCGGAUAAUACUUCUGCUGCGUGGGUUCGCCUUAACCCUCAUUCAGCCUGCCGUCCAUGGCGGACUUAGAGAAAUUGCUCCUGGAGGCAGCUGGAAGAACAACUGCAUCUGGGAGGAAUCGCCAUUCAUCCCCACCAUCUAGAAGAAGGCGAAAAGGUUCAUAUUCUGAUGAUGGAAGUGACUCAAAAAAUGAUGAUUCAGAUGGAGAUCGUGCCUAUCCAAAUAGAAAGCCUUCAGGCUCACAAGUGCCUCUCAAGAAGAGGUUAGAUCCCGCAGAUAGAGAUGAUGAUCGUAGUAGUCAAGAGGGUGAUGAAGAUGAUGAUUAUGACCAUGAGCGUGACAGUGACAAUGAUUCUGUUGGGAGUGAUCUGUACAAGGAUGAAGAUGAUCGAGAAAAACUCUCAAAGCUCACAGAGCUUGAGCGAGAAAUGAUACUAGAAGCUCGUGCAACAAAGAGAAGUGACCGAGAUUUGACUGAAAAAUUGAAGAAGAGGAAGGGCCAAGAUAGAAAAGGAAGCCCCCCUAAAGCUCAUACUCGUAACAUGCGCUCGAAAGCUGAAAGGGCAGGUGCAUUGGAUGAAUUAGUAAAACGAAGAAGAGAUGCAGCUAAGGGAGGAUCUGGAAGCCGAUAUUCACCUGUCAAGAGGAGAUCUUUCACUGCUGCAACCUUGAGUAGCCCAAGCAGGAGUGAGAGUGGGUCUCACAGUGAUGGAGAAUCAACAGGUGAUGGUGGAAUGGCUGAUAGUGAUGACGAUAAGACAUCUGAGUCCAAGGUGCCAACAUAUGAAGACAUCAGGGAAAUUACCAUUCGAAGGUCAAAACUAGCAAAAUGGUUUAUGGAGCCCUUCUUUGAUGAAUUGAUUGUUGGUUGUUUUGUGCGAGUUGGAAUUGGGAAGUCAAGGUCUGGGCCUAUCUACAGGCUCUGUGUGGUGCGCAAUGUUGACGCGACAGACCCUGAUAAACAGUAUAAGCUUGACAACAAAACCACAUACAAGUACCUGAAUGUUGUUUGGGGCAAUGAAACCUCUGCUGCUAGGUGGCAGAUGGCAAUGAUUUCAGAUUCUCCUCCAACAAAGGAGGAGUUCGAUCAGUGGGUUAGGGAGGUAGAGCGCAGUGGUGGUCACAUGCCUACGAAACAGGAGGUGUUGGAAAAGAAGGAAGCCAUACAAAAAACAAACUCAUUUGUCUACUCCGCUGCCACUGUGAAGCAGAUGUUGCAGGAGAAAAAAUCAGCCACCUGGAGGCCAUUAAAUGUUGCAGCAGAGAAAGAUCGCCUGAGGAGGGCCUUGGAAGUAGCUAAAGAGAAUGAAGAUGAGGCUGAGGUAGAGAGGCUCAAGGCAAGGCUGCAAGAGCUGGAGGCCUCUCGCCAGCCCCAGGAAAAAGAUUCUAAGGCAGUUAAGCUGGCAGAAAUGAACAGAAGGAACAGAGUUGAGAAUUUCAGAAAUGCAUCAGAGCUGAAGCCAGUGAAUACAAGUUUAAAGGCUGGUGAGGCUGGUUAUGAUCCCUUUUCUAGAAGAUGGACUAGAUCGAGGAAUUACUAUGUGGCAAACAGCAAUGGAGGAGAAGCAGCUGGUGAGACGAAUGGUGAUGCAAGUGCUGCUUUGCCUGGUAGUAAUGGGGGCGGUAGAGUUUCAGCCGAGGCUGGAGUGGCAGCUACUGCAGCAGCCCUGGAAGCCGCAGCUGGUGCAGGAAAGUUGGUGGAUACAAGUGCUCCAGUCGAUCAAGGGACUGAAUCAAACAUGCUACAUAAUUUUGAACUGCCCAUCUCAUUGGCCGCUCUUCAGAAGUUUGGCGGGCCUCAAGGAGCCCAAGCUGGAUUUAUGGCUAGGAAGCAGAGGAUUGAAGCUACUCUUGGGGUGAAAGUUCCAGAGAAUGAUGGGAGGAGACAUGCACUGACCUUGACUGUCAGUGACUAUAAGAGACGAAGGGGCCUGCUCUGAGUCUGCCUGUUGAUCUUGUUGUGUCUCAUGCUACAAAUUUUUCCCAUGUGCAGAGCGUGCACCUUAUGCUUCCUAAAGAUGCUAGGAGUGGGUAAUGAGUGAUUUAUAGUAACCUUAGCUUGUAUUUUCCUGCCUGCCUUUUUUCUUGCUUAUGGCUCGGUCUAUGGACUCAACUGGAUAGGCCUAUAUACUGCUUAGUUAACUCUUGCAUUCUGUUUUUCAUGUUUUGCUAUGUGCAUUCUUAUGUUAUCAGAACCACAGGAUAUAUAAUUUUGGGUGGACAAUGGACAUGAUAAUGCGAAGAAACUUGGUUAUGUUGAAAUGAGAUGCCUGAAACUUAUGAAUUAGUUACUCAAGUAACCAGUUUCAAUUGGCAUGCUCGACUCCCUUGACCUUUCAUUCUCUGUUAGAUGUGAAAUACCAUUAGUCC